AUGAGCAAAGAACAAAGUGGAGUUGCAAAGGCAUGGGAGGCCACCAUAAGAAAGACUCAGGCAGCCAAGAAACGAGCAAACAGCAUAUUUGGCAGCAGCUCUGUAGCCCAUGCAGAGGAUGAAACUGAAGAUGAUUAUGAUGGUAGCAAUGGAGGUGAACCUUACAUUGCAGAAAAAGUCUUGCCUAAUGGAGAUUACUAUACAGGCCAAUGGUUAGACAAUUUCCCUUGUGGGCAAGGCAAAUAUAUAUGGACAGAUGGGUGCAUGUACAUAGGGGAAUGGGAUAGAGGAAAGAAAAUGGGAAGAGGUAGAUUUAGCUGGCCUUCAGGAGCUGCUUAUGAAGGAGAUUUCAAAACUGGUUAUAUGGAUGGAAGUGGCGUUUACACAGGGCCUAGUGGUGAUACUUAUAAAGGACAAUGGGUUAUGAACCUCAAGCAUGGCCAUGGAGUGAAGAACUUCGCCAAUGGAGAUGUGUAUGAUGGCGAAUGGCGGCGAGGAUUGCAGGAGGGACAUGGAAAAUAUGAGUGGACAAAUGGUAACAAUUAUAUUGGAGAUUGGAAGAAUGGAACCAUUUGUGGUAAAGGGACUUUUGUGUGGACUAAUGGAAAUAGAUAUGAUGGGAAUUGGGAAGAUGGUGUGCCUAAAGGAAAUGGAACAUUCAAAUGGCCUGAUGGAUCUUUUUACGUAGGGAACUGGAGCAAGGAUCCUAGUGAUCAAAAUGGGAGUUAUUAUCCUUCAGGAUCAUCCAUAGAACAGAAUCUUGAAUGGAAUCCUCAAGAUGUGUAUGAGAUGUAUUUGUCUGAAUCCCAGAUUUGUCCUGGUGAGAAGCUUUCAAUCUUGCCCUCACAGAAGAAGCUUGCAGUUUGUGCUUCAUCGAAAACUGAUGGUGAUAAGAAUAGGAGGAUGUCUGUUGAUGGGAGGUCAAGUGUAGGCAUAGAAAAGCCAUUUGAUAGGAUGAAUUUGUUGGAUGGAGAAGAUGGUUAUGUAAGUGAUGGGAAAACUAUGGAAGCUGAUUUGUUAGGGUUACAUGUAGAAGAAAGCAUUCCAAAAUGCCUUCCAAUGAAGAUACCAAAAAUUGUGAAGAGACAAGGAGAUACAAUAAGCAAAGGUCAUAAGAAUUAUGACCUCAUGCUCAAUCUGCAACUGGGAAUCAGGCAUGCUGUUGGAAGAACACCUCCAGUUACAUCCCUUGAUUUGAAGCCUUCAGCUUUUGACCCUAAAGAGAAAGUAUGGACAAGAUUUCCUUCAGAAGGAACUAAAAAUACUCCACCUCACCAGUCUCCUGAAUUUAAAUGGAAGGACUACUGCCCACUAGUUUUCAGGACUCUAAGGAAGCUAUUCAAAGUUGAUGCAGCUGAUUACAUGCUGUCUAUUUGUGGUAAUGAAGCAUUACGUGAACUCUCCUCUCCUGGAAAAAGUGGUAGCUUCUUUUACUUGACUAAUGAUGAUAAAUAUAUGAUAAAGACAAUGAAGAAAGCAGAAGUAAAAGUGCUUAUAAGAAUGCUUGCUGCCUAUUACAACCAUGUUAGAUCCUUUGAGAAUACGUUAGUGACCAAAUUUUUUGGUCUGCAUUGUGUGAAGUUAACUGGUGCUACCCAAAAGAAGGUACGCUUCAUCAUUAUGGGGAAUCUCUUCUGCUCCGAGUACAUCAUCCAUAGACGUUUCGACUUGAAAGGAUCUUCCCUCGGUCGAAUAACAGAUAAACCAGAAUCAGAGAUUGAAUCAACAACUAUCCUUAAAGAUUUAGAUCUAAAUUUCAUUUUUAGACUACAGAAAGCUUGGUUUCAAGAGUUUUGCAGGCAAGUAGAUAGAGAUUGUGAAUUUCUUGAACAGGAGAGGAUAAUGGACUAUAGCUUGCUGGUGGGUCUUCAUUUUAGAGAAGUAUCAACAAAUGGGGAUCUGAUUCCUUCAAACAACUGCAUGUUAAGUUUUCUCACUGCAGGUGAGAUUGAGAACGAUUCAGGCCCACGCCUUUCAAGAGCAGAUCUAGAUCAACUUCUCUUAGACCCAGCCAGGUGGGCUCGUAUUAGAUUGGGAGUAAAUAUGCCAGCAAGAGUAGAAAGAACAAUGAGAAAAAGUGACUGUGAAACUCAACUUAUAGGAGAACCAACAGGAGAGUAUUAUGAUGUGAUAAUGUUUUUUGGUAUCAUAGACAUUCUUCAAGACUAUGACAUUAGCAAGAAGCUUGAGCAUGCUUACAAAUCCAUCCAAUAUGAUCCUACUUCAAUAUCAGCUGUGGAUCCUAAGCAAUACUCAAGACGCUUCCGUGACUUCAUAUUCAACAUUUUUACAGAAGAAACUCUUGAAGUGUGA